ACCGCACAUUUCAUCUUUAUCACCUGGCAUUUCUCUUCUUGUAGUAAACAACAACACGACUCGAUUUUAAGAAAUUCGUUAAAAUAAUAAAUGUUUCUUUAAAUAAAAGUUAACUACAGAUUGAAAUUAAUUACCGAUAUAACCAUGGAUCCCCUAUUUAUCCACAACUUUAACAAAUUAAGGCAACAAGUCCUCUUCAUAAAUGAAUAUAUCGAGCUCAAGUUUGGUUCCGACUUCAAAGAAUUCCUCUCCUUCAAAGAGUCCCGUCCCCACGUGGGGAUGAUCGUCGUCCCCAACGAUGGCUCCUCAUCGUCCUCCUCUCUCCAAAAGGUCGACAUAUCUGCCAUAGACGAAUCCCAAUUUCGUCACCCUGACCAAGACGACGACGAAGUCGAAAUUGGCGACGAAGGUGUCGCCGUCGCCUGGGGGAAAAACGUCGCCAGUGUUUACGCCAUGGAGCCGGAAGAUGUCAACGUGCCCGCCUGGGAUGUCGAAGAUGACGACGACCAAGAUGACGAAAACGGCCAGCAGGAAAUUCAAAUUUUAAAUGGUGACGAAAAUAGCGACGAGGAGAAAAAUGACGUCUCUUACUAUCAACAAGGCUACAAUGGCAGAUAUCAACUCAACGGUGGCGACAUGAAUGGCGACGACGACACACUAGAAGAUGGCGACGGUGGUGGUGGAGGUGGCGAAAAUUAUGGCGACAAUAGUGGCGAAAACGGAAUAGUUUUCUACAACAAAUCGGACUUUGACCUGAGGAAGAGUUUUCCUAACCGAUUGACCACACAUAUCACACCCUUGAAGAGAAAAAGGGUUCCGAAGAGGGAUGGGGCUUAUCUGAACUCGAGGCCUCCCAAGUUGACGAAAUUUGGCAAGAGGAGGAAGGUCAAGGGGAUGGGGAGGAAUUUCAAGAAGCCCGCGGUCAAAGUGGAGGAUCUCGGGGUGGGGAAUUCCCUCAUUGGGUCGACUGAAAGUACGGAUUCGAAAGAACCCCUCCGCCACGCCCUCUGGGGAAUCACCUACAUCGACGCGGAACGUCGCAACGGUACUGAACGCCUCGUUUACGACAACUAUAUUUUCAACUAUAUAUAUAAGUCGGUGGAGUCAAAUACAUCAAAAGCUGAAAAGUCCCCAGCGGAGAAGAGAGGUCGAGUCAAGAGUGUUCCGCCUUCUGCUGUUCCUGUUCCUUCAACGGCGCUUGUUCCUGUUGCUCGUACUACGAUUCCUCCUGCAAGCUCAUCAUCAUCAGCUCCGGAGCAUGAAGCAUAUGUGCCUUCAUCAUCUUACAAAGGUCCUAUUUCGCUUAAUUUUGCUCCCGAAGGGGAAAGGAGUGACGAUCCUAGUGGACAAAAUAUUGUCCAUUGGGAGGGCCAGCUAGGUCAGGGGUUUUGGCUAAAACUCCAAACUUGGAGAAAAAAUGGGCAGGCUUAUGUCCUCUCUUAAGCUGAACAAGUUGGUUGGUCAGAGGAAGUAGAUUCUAAUCAGGGCGUCUAUAAAAAUUCGGAAGAUCUUAUAAUUAUUUCAAAUAACGAUUAUAUAAUGGGACAUACACAGUUUUUUCACUUCUUGCCUAUAACACUCCAAAGAAAAUUAAAAUUUGUUAAAUCAUGUAACGUAGCUAUGACUUCGAUUUUCCAAGCCAAAGAAAGCUUUCUUUUACCUGACAAUUUUUGGUAUCCCGUUUUGAUGGUAUCUCCUCAUUAUAUGGAUUGAAUGUAGUAGUUGAUUUCCUACAUAUUUCAAAUAUAUAAAAAUAAGUGGAUAAUUAUAAUAGUUUGACUAACAAUUGAAGUUUAAAUAAAAAAUGUAUAAAUAUUAACCUUCUAGAUGACUAUAGAACGGUCCACUUUAUUAGGAAGACCUUUGAAAGUAAAUUUCCAACAAAGUUGCACCGUCAAUCUGCGGUUAUGAUUUGUACUGUCAAUCCGGAGCGUUACUUAAAGCAGGGGAAAUGAUAUUGAUGGAUAUUGGGAUUCAAGUUAAAUUACCGUUGGGCCAUGUUGGUUUGAUUAAACCAAGGUCUGGGUUAGCGUUGCGGCAUAAAAUUGACGUCAUGGGGGGCGUGGUCGAUGAAGAUUUUGAAGGAACUUUGGGGGUUAUGCUAAUCAACCAUGGGAAACUUCCAUAUCAAGUUGAACUUGGGGAUCGUGUUGCUCAGUUCUUGAUUAUAAAACUCCAUAAUGGACCGUUGAAGAAGUCUACGUUUGAUGAAAUUAUUACCACCACAGCACCUGUUGCUUCUCGGCGUGGAGCCAAAGGAUAUGGCUCCUCUGGAAAAUAAAAACGAGCAAUUUUUACUAUAUUCAAUAUAAACUAAGUAAAAUUUACUUAAACUUAAAUAUCUUCGCAGCUAAUGUUAAAAUUUCACCAUCCUUCCUGCACGACCCUUGAUUCAAUAAAUAAAACACACGCACAAACUUAAUCCAAAUAUUUAAUUUAAUAACUGAAAUAAAUGUCCUCAAAAAUGUUAAUAUUUGUUACAUAAAAUGUCUCCUAUAUUGAACUGUACCUGAAGAACAUGCUUGCAUUAGUUGGUGGGCGAGCUCCUUGUUGGAGCUACUAGUGGAAGAAACUUUUCUCUCUUGGUCGAGUUACUUUCACUUUCCGCUGUAAGACACAAUGUUGCAGUAAGACGGAAUAUGUAACUUGAAAAGAAAGAAAAAAUAAUAAUGAAAAUCAUAACUAAAAUCUAAAAUAAUUAAUGAACUAAGCAUACCAAGCUUAAUUUUGCAAAUAUUUUGCAAUGAAACAUGCGUAUUUUCAUAUGUACAUAUAUUUCAUGUAACCUACACACUUACCAGAAAAUAAAACCUUCAUUUAUCAUCCUA